AUGCAAGGCAGGAUCAGUCUCCUCUCUCUCUGCCACUUCCUUCUCCCUUGGGCCUUCGCCACCUUCCACAGAGCCCUGGGGGACCAAGCACCCCACCCUGGCCCCCACUACCUCCUGCCCCCCAUCCACGAGGUCAUUCACUCUCGUCGUGGGGCUACGACCACGCUGCCCUGCGUCCUGGGCGCCCCGCCUCCCAGCUACAAGGUGCGCUGGAGCAAAGUGGAGCCCGGGGAUCUCCGGGAAACGCCCAUCCUCAUCACCAACGGACUGCACGCCCGGGGCUACGGGCCCCUGGGGGGGCGUGCCAGGAUGCGAAGAGGGCAUCGGCUGGACGCCUCCCUGGUCAUCGCCGGCGUGCGCCUGGAAGACGAGGGCCGGUACCGCUGUGAGCUCAUCAACGGCAUCGAGGACGAGAGCGUGGCGCUGACCCUGCGCCUGGAGGGUGUGGUGUUUCCUUACCAGCCCAGCCGGGGCCGGUACCAGUUCAAUUACUACGAGGCGAAGCAGGCGUGCGAGGAGCAGGACGGCCGUCUGGCCACCUACGCCCAGCUGUACCAGGCGUGGACCGAGGGUCUGGACUGGUGCAACGCGGGCUGGCUGCUCGAGGGCUCCGUGCGUUACCCUGUCCUCACGGCGCGCGCGCCCUGCGGUGGCCGAGGUCGGCCCGGGAUCCGCAGCUACGGGCCCCGCGACCGGAAGCGCGACCGCUACGACGCCUUCUGCUUCACCUCGGCGCUGUCAGGUCACGUGUUCUUCGUGCCCGGGCGGCUGACGCUGUCUGAAGCCCACGCGGCCUGCAGGCGGCGCGGGGCCACAGUGGCCAAGGUCGGGCACCUCUAUGCCGCCUGGAAGUUCUCCGGGCUGGACCAAUGCGACGGCGGCUGGCUGGCGGACGGCAGCGUGCGCUUCCCCAUCACGACGCCUCGGCCGCGCUGCGGGGGCCUCCCGGAUCCCGGAGUGCGCAGCUUCGGCUUCCCCAGACCCCAGCAGGCGGCCUAUGGGACCUACUGCUACUCCGAAUAG